UUCAAUCCAAUCCUAGUAAGUUCAAUGUUCAAUCCAGUUCUGCGACACGCGCUAUAUGUGCGUUGUUUCGAUGUUUCUGACCUGUGAAGCUGCUCGAAGUCGUUUGAGUUUUGUGGAGCGACGGCUUGUUGUCUCGUGUUUGCGGUCAUCAAAAUGAGUGACGAAGCGGGCUUUCGCUGCAAAAAAUGUCGGCGCACUUUGUUCAGCAGCAGCCACAUGGUUUCGUCCCACGGUGAUCCGUGGUCGGGUCAUGUGGCCUUUUCAUGCCCACUGAACAAGAUCGACACGGUCUGGUAUGUCCGAGACGAAAACCUUCCCGACUGGCUCUCGGAGCAGCUGGACAACGGUGAAUGGGUCAAAGGAAAACUCUACUGCCCUGAGUGCAAUGCUCGGCUGGGAUCCUUUGACUUUGUGACGGGUGCAAAGUGUGAUUGCGAAGAGUUUGUGCUGCCUCCAAUACACAUAUCCAAGAGUCGCAUAGACUGUGAUCAAACACACCAAAUGGCAUCAAUCCUUCAGCACAUUGUGAAACCACCAAUUACACACUCAGUUACCGACUCCAGUGAACUAAGUGCAAGCUGAGUAGGGAAUUAAAAAAAAACUGAAUUGUUUUUAGUUUACUACAAAGUAAUUUGUUUAAGUUACUGUGUAAAUUGAUUUACAGAAGAAAUUUCAUUUCACGCAGUUUCACAAUGCACCCAUUGUGGUUCAUGCCUACCCAUUGCGGCUGAUCAGCUGUUGUUUUGUGGGGCUGUAUUUCUGAUUGGUUGCUUUUGGAGAUGCUUUCAUUUUCGUGUGAUGUAAUGUCCAGCCUGAUUUUCCACUAGAUUUAAGGGCAUUUCAUCACAGCACUCGCAAACAAUGCAAUAUCAAAGCAACGCUAAUGGGAGGUGGGUGAUUUUUUUUUUUUUGCCACACCUACUUCCAUUGGCUUAUCUAAUCACUGAGCACUGCAGGUGAUAUCUCAGAAAAUGUGAGAUCCAGAAUAUGGCCCCUGCUACUUAGUGCACUGCUAUGGGUUCAAAAUUGGAUAAAAAAAGCAAGAAAAGCGUGUGGACAUAGAUAUUGUAGUUCUAAGGGACUAGGGUUGUAGAAAUACCCCGAGCCUUCUACUUGAACACCUUUCAUACCUAAGGUGGAACGUGUGGGCAUUAUACACCACAGACUAUCUUAUUUUAAUAAAGCUGGUUGGGUAUAUGGCAAAUAGUAUAUAGACAAUGAAACCAUUUUCACAGGCCACUCGCAUCUACAAUUAAACAUCAGUGGCUUGUGCAGUGCAUAGUCACUUGAGCAAAACAUUAUUGGCUUCCAUUAAGCGAGUGCCGUUUGUUUGCAAAAUUUGGGAAAAUUUUUUUACUUAACAUUUCUGAUACUCUACUAAAUAAAUUGUCCUGUUAUGCAUACUCAUACAAAAUGUUCUAUAGUACAUCAGCUGGCAGUUCCAUUGUUCACAAGAGAGGACUUAAUCUGCACAUUACACCGACAGCUUCAGAAAGAAUAUGGAAAUUUAAAAGGACGUAUAUAUUCUUUCUAGUCUAGAAUGGCCACAUGCAGUUUGUCAUCUGCCAAAUUGAAGCAUAUUAAUUGAAAUUUUUCAGCAUCUUUUAAGAAUACAUGUAGUGUUUGUAAUGUGUGCUUUGCUGCAUAUUUUGGGAGGCUUGAAUGUUUACAUUUUCGGAACUCAUUUUAUCUAGGUGAAUUUAUUUGCCGUCUCUUAAUUGGAUCUAAACUAUAAUUAGCCUACAAGGGCUUUAAAAAAAUGUCCUGCUCUAGUGCAAACAUGAUUCUUGCCGUUAAUACACAUGGCUGUAAUGCAAGUAUAGAACAUGGCCAUUUUUUUUCGGGGGCGGGGUGUUUCCAUCGAUUGUACUGUUUGCCGUAACUGCUGCCUCGUGUUGCUGUGCGUAGCAAAGCAGUUUGGCAAGAAGCAAAGGUAGAGGUGUCAAAGUGCAAUGGCAACGUUGACACAAAGUAAACAAUACUUCUCCGGUACCUCUGCGAAGUGGCACUACACUUUUUAUUUUUGUACCUUUAAUGUGAAGCUUUCUUUGCCAAGCCUCCUGGGUUUUGUGUGGCUGCUGCUGCUGAGUCCAGUAGUAUCUCAGUGGAUAUAGUUGUGGGGGGGAUAUAUGAAGACAAUGUACAUGUGUAUUGAAUGCAAGUACCAGGAAGCAGGCUUAUAUAACCCCUGUGUGCUGACUGAUAAAGUGGUGCCACCAGGGGGCACCUCUGUUCUGCAUAAUAAUAAUAAAAAAAUGUGCCUGCAUAAAGCCUGAAGGUAUAACUUCGGCUUACAGCCAUCUUUUCGGGUAUCCCCUACCUCCUAGUGGAAUAGGCUAAUUAUAUUCAGUCGAUUCAUUUAUUUAUUUUUGUUAAUUGAGCCAUUCAGUAUGUGCCACUGGGUGUGCCCAUUUUUGGCCAAUCCUCGAGAAUGGGCAUGUGGCAUUGUGACAGAAGCGCUACACAAACCUUAAAUAUUGCUAAACAUGUGUCAGGUUUCUCUGUGCACAUGCCAGUCACCGCAAUUCCUCCCUCGACAAGCAUCAUGCAUCGCCUUCGUCUUGGCAUCACAGUGUAGUAGGGUGGUGCAAAUGUUGGAAGUUUUGUAAUAAUGAAAAGAAUAUUGCCCUAUUCGACGUGGUCUUUGAAUCAAAUAAUCGCUAUUUGUGAACAUAAAUAUUUUUGUAAUAUUUCAAA